GACUUCAGGAGAAAUCGAGGACCACCGCUCUCAGUGACAUCAACGUGAUAUCCAGAUCUUUCUGCUAUAACUUCUGGUUUUGAUAUCUCGAGUGGAGACGCGCAGCGCGUGACGAUGAUGCGUGUCGUGGUCUUGGCAAGUUUAUUGUCAGCGUGCGCUGCUCACGGAAUAGGAAAGCCUCAAUGGGAGUACUCGGGAAAGGAAGGUUUCGACCACUGGGCUGAAGAGUUUCCAUCCUGCAACGGCUCGCAACAAUCCCCCAUCAAUAUAGACCCGUUCUUCACCACCGUAGGGGCGUUUGAGCCUCUCUACUUCAGCCAUUAUCACGAGAUUCCCGAAGCAGAAAGCAUCACAAACAACGGACAUUCAGUGGAGGUGAAGAUCAAAAGCAAGAACCAGCCGCAAGUGUCGGGGGGUAACCUGGGCGCCACCUACACGUUUGUCCAGUACCACAUCCACUGGGGAGCUGACGACCUCAGAGGCUCUGAGCACACCAUCAACCAUGUCAGGUACCCCAUGGAGCUUCACCUUGUGCACCACAAGAAUGAGUACGGCAACUUGACAGCAGCUCUGGAGCACCCCGACGGUGUAGCGGUGCUGGGUUUGCUCUUCGUCAUCUCUGAAUACGACAACCCGUCUCUUGCUCCCCUCAUAUCUCACCUCCUGUCGCACACAGCUGUUGGAGAACAAAACGUUACAAAGGAUCUCUACCCUCUGACGUCGGUAUUGCCUCGGGAUCUGUCCCGCUUCUACCGCUACCGUGGAUCGCUCACAACUCCAAAGUGCAAUGAAGUUGUCACGUGGACCAUCUUCGACGACCAUGUUCCCGUGUCUGAUAAACAG